AUGGUGUUCACCACCGGUGCCCCCAAGCCGACUUCCAACCCAAACUCCACCUCCACUGGCACCUCCAACUCAUUCUUGUUGAUGAACUCACAUCGAAAUCCAGGAGGCAUCCAGCAGCAAACAACCAAACAAGUCCGUUCGGAUCUAGCCAUCAAUCUAUUUGACACGGUCGAUCAGAAGGUCACAUCAACGUCGACGCCAUUCACUCACUCCAAGUCCACUUCACCAUCCAAUCGAAACUCAAUCUCGACAACAUCAUCUUCAUCGACGACUACCACCACUUCCACUUCCACUUCCAAUGGCGCCACAUCAUACACCACUCCAUCCGAUAUGUUGGAGGACCUGAUCGACCACUCCAAAUCCUACACUUCCAAAUGGUGGCGUCCAGCAUCAGCCUCACUUGGCCAGACCAAGACUCCAAUCACAUUAUCAUCGCCAGACAUCAAGAACAAGAAGCAGCAGCAGCAACAACAACAGACACAGCAGACACAGACUCAGAAACAGGAUAGUGAACAAGAUAUUGAAUCCUUGCUAAUGGAUAUUGAUUCUUUGGUCAUUGAUAUACGUGGAAUUGAGGACAAUCUUAGGAGUUCCUGUGCCGAGAUAUCCGCUCUUUCCAACUUUGGCGGUGGCGGCGGAAGUAGUGGCAAUGGCGGCGGAAGUGGGAGUGGGCCAGGCUCACCAAUCAUUCGAUCCCAACCAUCCCCUCACAUCAAACCAAUGCUUCAGCUUCGACCAAAGAUGUUCUCCAGUUCAGACUCGAGUCUGCCAACAUCGCACUCCACCACCUCUCAUUCACAUUCCCAUUCCUCGCUCUCAUCACAAUCACAUUCACAGUCACAGCCACAAUCACCUUCAUCAUCGCCAACACUGAUUGGAUGCAGUACUGACGACUAUCUUGUGUCUGAUAACACUACAAUGUCACCAUCCACCUCAACUUCAUCAUUAUCAUCACUCUCAUCAUCUUCAUCUCCCGCUUCAGGCUCACCCUCGACCUCGUCCUGGCUGUCUGGAACAAUCUCGCGCAAUGGCAAGCCCACCACGCUGGCGGGCGCCACCGGCGAGAACAAACAGUCGUCUGCUUUGGUGACUGGCAACCUGCGGAGUUCCCAAUGGAGCCACCCGCGCUCAUCCACCGACCCCUCCAAGUACUCCUCGUUCACACGCACGUCCGUUGUCAAUCUCGACCCGGUCAACCCGCAGCUCAAACACCGCUCCACGUUCCCUGGCUCACUGUUGUUGGCCGACCAACAGCAGCACCAGCCAACAUCACCACUCAGUGGUAGCGGCAGUAGCAAAUCAACGUCAUCAUCCAACUCUCCUGCGUCCUCACCUCGCAGCAACAACAGUGGGAAUGGCGGCAGCAAUAGGUCGCGAACUCAGACCAAGGUCAGCUCGCCAGACCUGACUACCAUACUUCCGGCAUCAAUCACCUCGGCGUCCAUCCUUCAGAACAAGACAUCCAUAGUAUUUGGCGGUCGAGGAAUGGAGUGCUUCAACGCCAACAAUCGCCAGAGUCAACAACUGGACCAACGAUACUAUCGCAGUCCAAUCGACUUGGACAAUCCACAAAAGAUGAAGCGAUUGAAGGAACUACUCAAGUCUUACAACGCAAAGAUUAUAACAUUGAUCAACAAGAUAUCAAAGGACUGCGAUGAUAUGAAGGAGAAGCGACAGAAUGCUCGACUAAAGUUUGAGAAGAAAUCGCGAUUGUUCCACGCCGAUAACCAAUUGGGUAUCUACAAGUCCUAUCACGAGUACUAUGUCUGCAAUGACCUGGUGCUCGAGUUGGUACAGACUAUCACCGAUCAGAAGCGUGACAACCUGAAGCGCAAGCUCGUGGACAUUGUCCACAUGACGCGCUACUUGGACGACGAGUCGAUACGACGCCACCUGCACGUCUACUCAUCGUUCUUCUCCAAGACCGUCGACCUUAUGAGCGGAUCGCACGACUUGCAGCGCAACCUGAGGCGGCGCCAGUACCUAACCAAGCGCGAGAGUCGUCUAUGCGCCAUCUAUAAGAACGCAAAGUUCAACUACACAUCAGACACGGUGGAGAAGCGCACUCGUCGGCUCAAAGAGAUGGUGGCACGCGCCGUCCCACAUCCCGACUUCCACAGCUACUUCCCGUGGGACGAGAACCUGGACAUCCAGCGCGAGUUUGACAUCUGGGUACUGGACAGCCGUUUCGUCGAGGGCCGCCACCUCAAGGAACUCGUGUCGGUAAUCUCGGAGGACGUCAUCACUGCCAAGAAGAUCGUGCCGCUCGACAUUGAGGACUUUGUCGACAAGUUCACGGCCAAGAUGAUCGCCCAGCACCACAUCGCACCCACCGUCACACUGUUCGAGACGCCAACACAGCACCUUCUCUCGCAGAUGACCAAGCGCACGCUCUACCCUCGCAUCUACUCGCUCACCAAGAGCAUAUUGAACAAAUGCGUGGGUAGUGGCGCAUCAAUCCGCUACGACAUGGACUUCCAGGCCAAGAUGGAUCAGUUGCGAACCAAGACGAUACGCGAGCUCAACCUGUUGCCGAGCAACUUACCCGAGCAUCUUGACUACGCUCGCGACAAGCCUUUCGAGGGCGCCGUGUCCAUACUCAAUGAGGCGGCGUUCCAUGUGGUGCCAAUCGACAUUGUCUACACUGUACAGCGCGCUAUCUCCAUGAUCCACAACGUGUCCGUGCGUUUGAUGGCCCAGGGCAGUGUGCGACCCACCAACGCGUUUGCUCGCGCCAUCCACAAAGUGGCCGCCACCAACAGUCUCAUCAAUCAGAUUAUCUCAUCGCCAGAUGGCCCUGCCGCAGCAGACCAUCAUGUACAAUAUACACAACAACAACAGCAACAACAACCUCAGACACGACCACGCCUACAAACGUCUCGCGAACUUGUGGCCGGCAACACUGUAAAUGGUGAAAAGUCGACCAUGAGCGCAGACGACCUCUUCCCUCUGUUUAUCUACACACUCAUUCACUCCAAUAUCAUUGGCUGCUCGGCACUACUCGUGUCGCAGCUACAACACUUUGCCGGUGAGCUGGAGAGUGGCGGCGAGUUUGGCUGGUGCUCUGUCUCCUUCCAAGCUGCCAUCUCCCAUCUCGAUCAAAUGUAA